UGAGAAACACUUUUUUCAGCCAUUCCCUGUUGCGCUGGUUAGCAUGAUCAUAACACUUGCGAAGGAUCAAUCACCAGCAGCAGCAGAAGCACCGCACUAGCUAGCAUCCUCUUCUUCUUCGACCUUCCAUCCCUCCUAACAGUAGCAAUCCGCAAGACUAACUAGCUAGCUAGUUUGUUACAAGUCGAGAAAUCACACAGAUACCCCCGUCACAACCAACUUCUACCAUAUUAUACCACAGUGAGAAACCAUGGGUUUCUUUGCAAGACGCAUCCAACAGACGUGUUUACGUCCCAGCUUUUCGCUGAGAGUACAGAUGAUUCUCAGUUUUGGAAUCACUGCCGCCAUUGCCAUUAUGGCCUUUGUGUUGGUGGGACUUUAUACCACCGUCAACAGUGGAGACAGUGUCCGAGUGGAAGCCACUAAGGUGCUGACCGAAGGAAUCCAAUACAGUUUGGGACGAUCCGCACAAUACGUGGCCGAAACCAUGGCCAAAAAGUUUCAUAAUAUUGGAGGUGCUGGCAGUUUAGUGGCUCAGGUCACCAAGGAUCGAUUUGUGGGCUACCCAAGCAUGCGGGGCUGGGAAGAAGAUAAUUACGUCCCCUUUCAAGAUGUGUAUACCAAGCUACGGUUUUAUCCCAUUGAUGCAGAACCGUUACCACUGGAUUGGAAUCUGCCGGGAAACAUCAAUCCCCAAAACGUAGAAGAACACAUGCCGGGGAGAAAGCUGUCGUGGUAUCCCCGGUAUGCCAAUGUCAGUAGUGUCGCGGGAUAUUUCAUGCAAGGCACGUGUGAUCCACAACGAACAGACCCCACCGACAUUGCCUACUACGAGGGUUGUACCGACGCCAACAACGAUCUGAUAACGGGAGGAGUGGUGCAACCCACAGAAACAAACUACCAUUUAGCCAACAAGGGCAAAGACAUUGUCUGGAUGUUGAAAGCACUUUAUGAGAGUCAUUUCGAUGUCCGAACGGUGGGAGUCUAUUUUGCCAAUGACGGAGCUGGGAGUACCAUGCGGUAUCCGGGGAAUGCCUACAAUGGAGUAAGCAACUACAACUCGACAGGAUGCCAAUGGAUGGAACAAAUCCAUCCCAGGACAAAUAAAAGCAUUGCGACUCCACGACAAAUCAGACGAUGCCACGAUGCAGGCACAGAAGCCACCAUGCGAGAAUACAAUCCACUUGAGCGAAAGUGGUGUCGGGAUAUGGUAGAAAGAGAUAUUGCGGUGUUCGAAGGACGAGAAGCACCCGAAGAAGCCAAAAUACAAUCCACAGGCCCGUACAAAUCAGCGAGUGCGUUUAGUGGUGAGAAUGUCUGGGUCAUGACCUUUGGAGAGGCGGUGUUUGAUAUUCGCACCGACGAAUUCAUCGCAUGUACCUUGGUCGACGCAUCAGUCUCCCUGCUCUAUGACAUGCUAAAACAAACCACCAGUAUUGGCAAUACCACAAAAUCGGCCCUCAUUCGUUAUAAUGAACAAGGAACCGUCAUUGUCGCCAAUGAUUGGGACCCGAGCACGCAAAAUGAUACCGUAGCCAUUACACAUCCAAGCCUCAACAUGGGUAUCGACGACGCAAAAUACAACGAAAUCCGGUCUUUGCAAAACUACGAUGAAGUUUGGGAUCCAGACGUACUGGUGGCCAAGUACCGUGAAACCAUCUUGGAAACGGACACAAAAGUUAUCAUGACGCACCCAGUUCCCAGCAUUCCGUCGGAGUACGAUCCAUCGUAUUACCCCGUGUACUUUGUCAUCAUUACCAUGGAGAAGUCAGAGGCGUAUGGAGUCCUAUUGGAAAUGGACCGUGUGAUCGCAAGGGAUACUCAAGCCAGUAGCGAAAACGUUUUGAUCGUGGGGGGUGCAGGAUUUGGAGUGAUUCUCCUCUUUGUGGGUGUCAUCAGUGGAUCCUUGACCAAACCCCUUCGAUGGAUACAGAAAGUUUCGGGCAUGGUUGUGGACAGUUGUGGUGAAAGCGAUAUGGGAACGAAUUUUGUGGACAGGCUUAACCCAAAGGAGGCUCAACCGUUAUGGAGCCCCAACACGGAGGUGACCCUCCUGUUAGCUGAGUUUUUGAAGAUGAUUCAUCAAUUCUCGGGAGUGGGCGCCACGGACGUGGCUGGAGGCCAGGUCAACGAGGUGAAAAAUCGCUUUGAAUGGAGAAAAAUGUACGAAGCUUCCGACCUUUAUCCUUGGGGCGGUGAAGAAGCGACGAAGAAUGCGGAUGGCAUUCCUUCAGUUCUCAAAAUCCAGGGGACUGAUACCUUUGAGGACGAGCUGACUACGGAUUCGACACUACGCACAACGGAUCAGUCCAUUCUAUCAAUGUUCUCUUCCUCCGUAGCUAAUUCGCAAUAUGGCCCUGUCGUUGAGGCUGCCAUGGCGCGGACUACUUCUGUUCUGCAGUCUGUCAAAGAAUAUGCGGUCAUUGCGGGGGCGAAGGCUGGUAUCCUUAAUCCACCAGAGGAAGAAAAGAUAGACGGGCCACCCAAAGUGAACCUGGGAGAGAAUAUCAUCCAGCAGAAGGCCCUGACGGAUUACUUUGAGGGCGUUGAGGAUGCUGAAAACUCUGGUCUGUUUUGGUGGAUGACUUUCUUCAUCGGAACUCCAAUUGUCAUUGCAGCGAUCAUGAUUGCAGUAACAGUGGCUAGGGACUCUAGUCUUUACAUUCCAAACUGGCUUGCUAUUGUGGAGGAGAGGAGCAAAGAUAUAGAGUUGCAGGCGCUCAUCACGGCUACCAAUAUUCGAGCCGCCUACGGCGAAGAGGUGAUGCACCGCUUUGCUCGUGACUUGCAUGUUUACACACGUCUGGCUGGAUGGCUGUUCUUUGACGGAAUUCGCCGAACAGAUUUCAUGGCGUUUCAGACGAGUGGAUCAGAACAAUGCAAAAAUUACAAUGCAACAAACAAGGAGGUUUGCCCGUUCCUUGAAAAUGAAACGCUUACACCUUGCCCGUGCGGUUGGGACGACCCGUGGGGUGCGAACUGCACCGAUGUCAGCAAUUUCACUCACCCACGUUACUUGAUGCAUCGGUGGUAUGAAGGGCUCUCGACCGAUGCCGACUCCGUCGGCGACAGAUUCAACAUAACUUGGCCCGGACUCUACAAUUUGCCUAGCACUACGGACUGGUGGAAUGACACAAACUUGAUGCCUGGGUCAUCCAAGGGGGAGAUGGCAGCAGGAUACGAGACGACAUACGACCGAGUUCGGGUCGGCUCAGCCCUAUCCGUUGCUGAUUUCCCAAUUUACAAUUAUUUUCCUGGAAAAGGCGAGACAGGAAUGAUGGGAACCUACGUUGGGUUUGAAGCCGAUGGGAUGUUUACUGGAUUCUCUGGUUGCGAGACGUAUGCUGGUCUGGCUUGGUGGCAAUCCACUGAAGACAAUGGCGGUUUUAAAGUGAAUGGUACGCUUUGCCCCAAUGGUAAAUUCGGGUUUGAUGCUCGUUGUCGAGGGUGGUACGGAGCGAGCAAGCAACAAGGGGGGGACUUCCACAUAACGCCUCCGUAUUUGUUCGCGUCUUCUAAUGUCAUUGGAAUGAGUGCUGGAGCUGCGUUGAUCGAUCCUCGGACGGGGACCCUCGUUGGUGUGACUUUGAUUGAUUUCAGUCCUAGUGCUUUCGUGGAUGCAAUUAACGAAAACGGGACUACCAUUGGAGCAGGGAACAGCGGUUUUCCGAUCUUGAUUACGCCGCAACCUGAUGAACUUGGAUCUGACACACUGGUUGGACCUGGAUUCGUACAAGGCGAGGACAGGUCGAGUGUAACUGCGCUUGUCCUGCCGUACGAUUCCAAGAACUCCACCAACUGGAAACUUUUCGAACGCGACGUUCUGCAGCCAAUGAGGAGUGGUGUGGUCGACAUUAAGAGCUUCACUCGCACGACAGAAGAUGGAAAUCAACAAGAGCUGUACAUGGCUGUUGCCCCAGUUAAUCUGAGGAGUCUAGUGGCAGUAAACCAUUCCGACUUUCUUGCAGGAAUCACUUCGAGCUACGGUGAAGUAUACGCACUCGGUUUUGGGAUCACGUUGGAGGAUAUCGAGAAGCGUUUCCUCUCGGUAGAGAACAAGGUGCAAAAUGACAUCAACCGCGUCACAUACAUCAGUCUCGCCCUGAUUAUUUUCUCUGUGCUCAUGGUGAUGUACAUGACCUACACCAUGGCCAUCUACCUCGCAGAACCCAUCCUGUUACUUGUGGGGAUCGUUAAGAACAUCACAGCCAACACAAUUGAGGACGAAUUGCCGAAGCUCGAGGGAGGAUCGUAUGAGAUUACUAAUGUGUACUACUCUCUCGAGAAACUCUGUAAGAUUGUCAGAUUCACCAACGCAGCCCACUACAAAGGAGAUCGAACAAAGUCGUACAAGGUUCUUGAAGAAGCCCUCGAUCUGUUUAACUUGAUGGGGAACCAGAAAGCCGUUGGUGUUGCAAACAAUAACCUCGGGACGAUGGUGCUGCAAGAGCAAAUGGAGAGGUCCUCAUCAACGUCACGUAGUGCGGAAGUAUACCAAGCGGGAAUGAAGUAUUUCGAGGAGACCAUUCGAAUUGGCACUUUUGAAUAUCAAAAUGCCGACUUUGACGAUAACCGUGGUGAUUACGUGAAGCAGCUGGCCAAUCGGUAUUUCAACCGUGGCAUGUUCUACAUAGUGAAUAAGCAGCAGGAGUCAUCCUUUGACCUGGUACAAACAGGAAUAAGCGACCUGAAGAGAGCAAAAACACUAGAUGCCGAAACCUAUCUCUACUGGACGGAACGUGGUCAACUGGUCCAAAAGGCCCGUACUGAAUUCUUCUGCUACUUGCGACGAGCACGUGGAAUCAUGACUCUCAUGCAAGUUGAUCCAGAGUUCGAAGACUGUUGGGGGGUCGAGGCACUAAUCUCAAGGGCAGAUGACAUGCUCCACAAUCCUGACUACAUCACGUCGAACCUGUUCGAGAACGUCGGGCUUGUGGCGAGAAAGCAGCAGAUAAACGACUUGCGAAUUCAAUGGGCAUUGAUCAAAAAAGACAAUCAUGCUGCAGCAACCAUGGCAAUGAAGAUUCUGGUCGAGGAUGAAUAUGUCAUUGAUACAGUGUUGAUGAACUGUGUGACGACGUUAAACACCUACUUCGACUUGCACGGACAGCCAAACCAAGUGCCAAAUCUUACUUCAGGAGUGAAACGCGAAACCAGGCGAGGCCAGGUUGACUCUCUGAGGCAAGCUAAGAACGUGGUGUUCUGUUUGGACUACAGUGGGAGCAUGGCGGGAGAGCGAAUGAAAAGAGCGAAUGCGAACUUGAAAUGGAUUUACCAAGAACACUGCUUGGACAAGGACUACGUUGGGUUCGCCAGGUUCAAUCACGCUGUUGACGACAAACUAUACUUUGACCUCGCACGCAAAGGUAACAACCAAGACGAGCACUUGGAUAUUCUCGGGAAAGCGUUGGACGCUGAGGGGGGCACACGCCUCUAUGCUGCUCUGAACAAAUGCGUGAACAUGUGUCAGGACAGUGGCAACGACUACGAUUGCUGGAUUAUUGCGCUAACGGACGGCGAAUCCGCUUGGGAUUUCCCGGCCAAACAGGUCAUCACUCGUAUCAGCAAGCACAACAAGCAGGGCGGGCCACAAAUCAACGUCGUGAUCAUUGGUUUUGAAGUGCCGUCGCAGGUAGCGGAAAGCGUUGCGACAAUUACCAGCAUCACAGAGAAGUCUCUGUACAUCGACGCUAGGGGCGGACUGGAUGAGAUGGACAAUGCCUUUGAGCAGGUGGCGGCGGUGAUCACUGGAACGGCGAUUACGAUGGAGACAUUCUAGCUCGUGGGCCAUGGGUCUGUGGCCACGCGCACGUGUGAAACUUCCUGUAUUUUAUCUUUUGUAUUUCUAGUUGCCCAAUCUUCCUUGAUUUUUACCACUUCUUCUUCGACUGCUACGCCUAUCAUGAUUACUACAAGCAACGUUAUAGCUAGCUAGCUAUGGAAGCUUCCACUUCACCCGUGCAGGAGCACAACACCUCCUCUGUUGAAGAAACCUGAAUGCCCGAGCGGUGUAGCAAUAGCUCACAAGCAAGUUAGCCAGUGCGGAACACAAAAAGCUUGGACUGAACCCGCGCAGAAACCCAACAGCAUCUCAUCUGUUGAAGAAACCUGAAUACCCGAGUGGAGCAGCAAAAGCUCACUUCCUUCCCGAGCAAAUAGAUCACACGCUUCUUCGACCCCACCACAAACCAGGCUACCGGUAGCUAUCGCGCACGAGCAGGUUGUGGAAGAUCCAAAACUUUACUACUCACGCACAAACCCACCCACUCUCAUCGCAUCUUUCUCACGAAGGAACCUGAACGCCUAAGCGCCAUAGCGCCCAAAGUUGUUGGGCUACUGACUCCAUCGCCAGAAAAUACCAGUGUUUCUGUCUAGCUAUCAUCACUAUCAACAGCUCUUCCAACCAUCGCUUGGGGUGAUGGGGUCCUGCAUACUAGCUACUAUUUUUAAAAAAUAGUAACGUAAAACAAAAAGGGGACUGGUACAUUACUAGCUCGAUUCUCGUAAAUAUCUUUGGUGCUUCUAAAUCCCAGGUCUUGGCGAGUGGAGGUUAUUGAUAGAUAGUACACAAGUGUAUAUAGUAAAAUGUUACUGUCACGGAUUGUACUGUAGUUUGCGAUACUUAGCAAAUUCAAAUAUUGCCACCUAACUCCCGUGUGUCAGUUGGGGUCUUGUAGAAGCUUCGAAGACUUAGCGACGCACCUCUACGUACCCUCCUCACAAUUUCGAAGAGGUACGUUCCGUAGAGGAAGUUCGUGUCAAUAGAAGUAGCUACCAUUCCAAGUACAAAACUAUGAGGAUCAACACUAGUCAAGUCUUUUCAAAGUGGUUGCUAGAUAAGAGUUUCUACCCCUACAAUGAGCUAAGGGCUACCAGGUACAGCUUUGAGUGCAGGUAUGUUUUGGUGGAAGCAGGAGAGGUCCAGCAUCCCAGUUUCAGGUCCUUGAAAUGUGUGGCAGUAAGUAGCUUUGACACUCCCAGCUUGGAACAACUCAUCAUGAGUGGAAGUGCCAAGCCCAUGACUCCUGAUAUGAGCUUCAUUCUUGAUAGCAUGGAGUGUUGGGGAUACUAUCAUAAUAUUGAGUGGUACAGUAUUGUUCUUGACAUGAUAGCCACCAUGUUUGAAGAGGAUAAGCCUACAAGCAAGGAAAGGAUGUGGAAGCAAUGCAUUUACUGGAGAGUUAGAAGCAGGGCUCAGGCAACUUAUGAGUAUGACUCUCUUGGUCAUGAUGCAGUGUUGACUUACUGGUCUGAAUGGUUUGACAGGACCUUUCCAAUGCCCAUAAUCUCCUUUAGGGUGAUGACACUGAUGAGUGAGGAUUUUGUUACUGACAUCAUUACCUACAUUCAGACAAGGGGAAUUGUUCCUUACCCUCCAAUCAUGGAUGGACCUGACUCCAUUACUAGCUCUGAAAAUUGAGAGAGGAGAAAGUCUUUGUUGGUGUUUGAUAUCCAAGUAGUCAACCAGUAGUGAAAACAGUAACAACAAUAGCCAAAAACUUACAAGAUACAGUG